AUGAAAUCGCUAAAGGACUUUUUUCUUCGAGCCACUCCAAUCGCCGGAACUAUCAUUGUUGCAGGUUACUUUGUUGCGUUAACCAGAGAGCGUCUGCGUCGCCAGAAGGAACCCCUCAGUUUUACUGAGAACGUUGAUGAGGCCCAGUUGUAUAGCUUUAUGUCAAAGUCCGGCAAAAAGAUAGAUAUCAAUAAUUGGGAGAACAAACGAGUCUACAGGGCCUGGGAGGAUGACACAAAAACAAAGUGA